GGGGAGGGUCUAAAGCUACAACGACGAACUUCCCUGAAGACGCCGACAGUGCUUGCACAUACGAAGGAUGGAGUUGAGGCCACUUGUUAUGUGCUUUGCUCUCUGUGUGGUUUACGCCACCAGCAAACCCACAGAGAAGAAGGACCGUGUUCACCACGAUGAAACCCUCAGUAACCGAGAGCACGAUGAUGCGGAGAACUUUGACUAUGACCAUGAAGCAUUUCUGGGACAGGAGGAGGCCAAGACCUUCGACCAGCUCACACCAGAGGAGAGCAAGGAGAGGCUCGGCAUGUUGGUUGAACGUAUAGAUGAGGAUAAGGAUGGCUAUGUGACAGUUGAGGAGAUGAAGAAGUGGAUCAAACACGCCCAGAAGAGAUGGAUCUACGAUGAUGUUGAUCGACAGUGGAAGAGUCAUGACCUCAACGGGGAUGAAAUGGUGUCCUGGGAGGAGUACAAGAACGCCACUUAUGGAUACAUUCUUGAUGACCCUGACCCAGAUGAUGGCUUCAGCUACAGACAGAUGAUGGCUCGUGAUGAGAGAAGAUUCAAAAUGGCCGAUCAAGACAAUGACAUGAAAGCCAACAAGGAGGAGUUCACAGCUUUCCUUCACCCCGAGGAGUAUGACCACAUGAAGGACAUUGUAGUGCUGGAAACAAUGGAAGACAUUGACAAGAAUGGAGAUGGUUUAAUUGAUCUGGAUGAGUACAUAGGUGACAUGUACAACCAGGAGGGAGACUCUACAGAACCAGAGUGGGUGAAGACAGAGAGGGAGCAGUUCACUGAAUUUAGAGACAAAAACAAAGAUGGCAAGAUGGACAAGGAGGAGACCAGAGACUGGAUCCUGCCCAAUGACUACGAUCAUGCUGAGGCUGAGGCCAAACAUCUGGUCUAUGAGUCAGAUGCAGACAAAGAUGGCCGUCUGACUAAGGCAGAAAUCGUGGAGAAGUAUGACCUGUUCGUGGGCAGCCAGGCGACCGACUUCGGAGAGGCCCUGACUCGACACGACGAGUUCUAACAUCCACCUGCUUCCAAAGACUUUGUUCAUCUUGUGUACCCCAGCUUACUCCUCUGACAGUAGAUGGGAGUAUUUCAAACAAGAUGAGCUCCUCGCCUAAUCCAACGCCACGGACAAUAAUUUAUUUGAUUUCUUGAAUGUGUCCAGUUGUACACACACUAACAUUUCAAGGAACAUGUACACGCUUGGCCAGUGUGUCCUUAUGCUCAGCUGUGUGUAAGAUUGGGAUAUAUCACCAGCCUUUGCUCUGCUUCACCCCCACUAUCCAUCUCUUUGUCCCCCGCAAGCGAAGGACAAAUGGUGUUAGAUGACACUUUUUUUUUUUGUUUGUUUGAAAGGAUGUUUUUUACGAAAUAGCCAUGUUUUUGUUACGAAAACCUUGACAGAACAACAAGUUUAGGCUUACAGUAUACAGAGUGGUUGGCCAUAGCAUUUCUUUUUGCAAUGCACUGGACUGUGAAGAGUAAAGCUGUUUUCUAGCCAUUAGAAUGUGUGCUACUCCUCCAUGUAAUCGGGCCCCAAACUGAAAAUGCUAGUUGCUGAUUCACUUGAACUUUGUUUUCAUGUCAUUAUUGAUCAUUUACUGCGUAGUAUAGGAUGUUUGGAACGAGGAGUACAUAUUAAAUUCCAAUGACAAUGAAGACUAUUUGAACUAGUGCAAUACAGUAUCAUCAGUGGGACCAUGCUGUGUUUGCUAAAUUGGUCCCCAAAGCAUCCAUGUUGACACAAGCUGUGGGUCCUGUAUAAGGACUGGUUGUGCUGUGUGUUAGUUGAAGGAAUCAAGAUGAAUUUAGGAACUGUUGGAUGCUUUGUCCUCGAAGCUGUCUCCUUCUUUCUCAUCACCUCACCUGUGUGUGUGUGUGUGUGUGUGUGUGUGUGUGUGUGUGUGUGUGUGUGUGUGUGUGUGUGUCUGUUUGUCUGUCUGUGUGUGUGUCUGUGUGUGAGAGAGAGAGAGAAUCUAUGUGUGUACACAGUAGUUCUGAUGACUGGUGCAUCCUGUUGUUUGAGGCUACGUUUUGAGUUUUGUUUGAUUCAGCUGAACUACUAACUCAUUUUUGUGCCAAGCAAAAAAUCUCUGUCCUUUUUUGUAAGCAGUUUGGAAAAAAAUCCUUUCCCUUCAUAAAUAUGUUUGUUAUGCUUGUAUUAUCACUACCACCAUUUAUAACCACUGUUGAUAUUUUUUAUGCUAUACUGUAUGUAUAUGACAAUGUUUUUUUACAGGCUCACUGCAGCAACAAGCCUUUCACUAGUGACUUUACUGUAAAUAAGUUGUUGGUCUGCAAACUGAGCACUCUAACAAGCAGGUCCAGUUUUUGUGAUUGAGAGGAAUGUCUCAUUAAAAACAACAAAAUAGGAGCCAUUAGUCUGCUGUAUUCUUUUAACUUGAUGUGCUGGUUGUGAGGCAUUCUUUACAUGGCAGUUGCUAUUACAAAUAUAAUGGUGUUCUUCAUACCUUGUAGCCAAGCUAUUAUUCUCAGAAGUUGUUUCUGUGGAAAGCUAGACAUGCCAACAUAUUGGGUUUUUGUCACCUAAAAUUACUUUUUUACAUUUCUUACAAAUAUUUUAAAAAAAAUUUUGAAUGUGUUUUUUUUCCCAGGCUUCUGCCUCUUUAGGAAAUGCUCUGUUUCCUGGUUUCCUUCAGGCCAUUGACCCACUGAUCUCUGCAUUGUUGUGUCACUUUUUUUCCCUCACCAUUGCUCUCAGGAGAGUACUUUGUUUCUCGAAUCUGUCCUGAAUAAAUCAAACAUUAACAAUCUAAA